AUGGAACCCAUCAUAGCGGACGAAAAGCUUCUACACGCCACCGAGAAAGAGACCGCGGCGCGAACGACUCCUAUCUCGUCGAAGAAAUCCUACGGAGAUGUGGCGGUGGAAAUCGAAAGCGACUCGCCCACACCGGAUGGAGCGAAGUCGGACGACAAAGACGGCAAGGCUGAGGGCGAAGGGAAGAAGAGUGAGGGCAGUUUCAAGGACUAUCUCCGCAUCUUCACCUACGCAGACCGAUUUGAAAAAUUCCUGUUCGCCUCCGCUAUGCUCCUGUCCAUCAUCAGUGGCAUCAUCCUCCCGCUGAUGACCAUCAUCUUCGGCUCCUUCACCGCAAAGUUCAACGACUUCGCAAAGGGCAACAGCAGUGCCCAGGCCUUCCGCAAUGAAGUAGAUCACCUUUGCCUUUACUUCAUUUACCUUUUCAUCGCCCGACUCGUCAUCGUGUACUUCGCCAACACAGCCGUGAGCAUCGCGGCCAUCCGGACAACGGCUGCUAUUCGAAAAGCGUUUUUCGACUCGACCAUCAGACAAGAAGUCUGGUACUUCGACGGCGAAGGCAUCGGCUCCAUCAGCUCGCAGGUUACUACAAACGGGAACCGCAUCAACCAGGGCAUCGCCGAGAAGCUGGCCACAAUCGUGCAAGGCAUCAGCUUGUUCUUCAGCGCCUUCAUCGUCGCGCUUGCCCGGCAAUGGGAGCUCACGCUCAUCCUCAUGACGAUCAUCCCCGUCAUCUUCGUCGUUACCGGUGGCUGCAUCACUUACGACGCCAAAUACGAGGCCCAAAUCACGAGCCUUUACAGUCAGGCGUCCGUUAUCGCCCAGGACGCGAUCAGCUCGAUCAAAACCGUCCAUGCAUUCUGGGCGAGCGAGAAGAUUGCGAAGAAGUACGACUACUACCUCGAAGCGGCCCACAAAGUCGGCAAUAAGAAGUCUCCGGUGUAUGGGAUUCUUUUCUCCGUGGAGUACUUCCUGGUCCUCGCGGCGACUGCGUUGGCAUUUUGGGAGGGCUUCCGACUCUAUCUCGAUGGGACAAUCCCAAAUGUGGGCAUCGUCCUCAACGUCGUCCUCGCAAUCACUAUCGGAGCGACUGCGAUGUCUUCGAUCGCACCACAAUUCCAGUCGAUUACCAACGCCGCCUCCUCAGCCCACGAACUGUUCUCCGUCAUCGACAAGGAGACCAAGCUCGAUCCUCUCUCCACAGAAGGCAAGCAGCCCAGCACGUGUGAGGGAAACAUCGAAAUCCGAAAUCUCCACUUUGCAUACCCUUCGCGGCCUUCAGCGCAGAUUCUCCACGGUCUGAACCUCUCAAUCCCUGCAGGGAAGACUACUGCGCUCGUGGGUGCCAGCGGUUGCGGGAAAUCGACUCUAGUCGGAUUGCUCGAGCGAUGGUACGUGCCGGGAUCUGGUGAGAUCCUCUUAGAUGGGAUGGACAUUUCCGAGUACAACGUCGGUUGGCUACGGAGUAACAUCCGACUUGUGCAACAAGAGCCAGUUCUUUUCAGCGGGACCGUCUUCCAAAAUGUCGCCAAAGGCUUCAUUGGGUCGCAGAUCGAUCUUCCGUUUGAGAAACAGCAGGAGCUGGUGGUGGAGGCCUGCAGAUCGAGCAAUGCACACGACUUCAUUGAAGCUCUUCCGGAGGGCUACGACACCCAGGUUGGCGAGCGAGCAUCCAUGCUGAGCGGCGGGCAACGACAACGAAUCGCUAUCGCUCGCAGCAUCAUAAGUAACCCCAAGGUGUUACUUCUUGAUGAGGCAACUAGCGCGCUCGACCCUAGAGCAGAGGGAAUCGUACAAGAUGCUCUGAAUCGCGUCUCGGUCAACAAGACAACGCUCGUGAUCGCACAUAAGCUUGCGACUGUCCGUGCUGCGGAUAACAUUGUCGUCAUGUCUUACGGCGAGGUCCUCGAAGAAGGCUCCCAUCGUGAACUCAUGGAGCGAGGUGGCCACUACGCCGCACUCGUCAAUGCACAGAAUCUAGGCGGGAACAGCGCAGACCAGCAGCCCGACUUCAACAUCGAGGAGGCGGACGUCGCCCGGCAGCAGAGUCUGGCUCUAUCAAGGACGAAAACGGGCGCUCACGCCUCUACCUUGGAAGAUGAAGUCAAGAAGCUUACUAAAGGCACCGUCAACUACUCCCUGAUCCGCUGUGUUUUCCUCAUGCUCGGGGAGCAAAAGGGACUCACUCUCAACUUCAUCAUCGCCACCGUUGCGUCGUUCAUCUCUGGAUGGACCUACAUUGCCCAGGCGCUUUUGUUCUCGCGAUUGAUUCAUGUCUUCACGCUCCCGAGACACGAGGCGCGAGAGCAGGCAGACUUCUACUCUCUGAUGUUCUUCGUUGUCGCCCUGGCCAACUUCUUUGCGUACUUUGGCCUGGGGUGGGCGGUCAACACGAUUGCUCAAGUCGUCACUCACCGCUAUCGCAACGAGAUGUUUACGAAGAUACUGUCGCUAGAUCAAGCCUUCUUCGACCGGCCAGAGAAUGCUUCCGGAGCCCUGGCUUCAAAGCUGUCCUCCGUCCCCAACGCACUCCUGGAGCUCAUGUCCGCCAACAUCUUCCUGAUCCUCAUUGUUCUCGUCAACCUCGUCUCCUCCGUCAUCCUUGCAAUCGCCUACGGCUGGAAACUCGGGCUUGUCGUCGUCUUCGGCGGUCUGCCACUGCUGGUCGGAUCCGGCUACGUCAAAAUCCGCGUGGACCAGAAGUUGGAAGCAGAAUCUGGUGACCGCUUCGCAGAUAGCGCUGCCCUGGCCACCGAAGCUGUGACGUCCGUGCGGACCGUUGCCUCGCUCACCCUGGAGCGAAGGAUGUACCAAGAAUACUCGGACUCUCUCGAUCGCAUCGUGGCCACGACGAGUCGAAGCUUCAUGUUGACCAUGGUGCCGUACGCCCUGUCACAGUCCCUCGAGUUCCUGGUGAUGGCGUUGGGCUUUUGGUAUGGCUCGCGACUGAUUGCGAGUGGCGAGUACACCGUCACGCAGUUCUUCGUCAUCUUCAUUGCCGUUGUGUUUGGCGGGCAAGCUGCAGGGCAAUUCUUCGGCUAUACCACGUCGAUCUCGAAGGCUACAGUCGCGGCGAACUACAUCUUGUGGUUGCGGACACUCACGCCGACCAUCAAGGAAGACGAGCAGAACAGCGGCAUUGGACCUUCGGGAGACGGCUCGGUCGAGUUCCAGAACGUUGAUUUCAGUUAUCAACAACGUGGCGCAGCGCGAGUGUUGAAAGACAUCUCAUUUGAGAUCAAGAAAGGAUCUUAUUCGGCCUUCUGUGGACCGAGUGGCUGCGGGAAGUCGACUGUAAUCUCCCUCCUCGAGCGCUUCUACGAUCCGGUGUCUGGACACAUUUCCUUGAAUGGGGACAAAAUUGCCAACAUGUCUCCCCGACUCUACCGCAAUCAUCUUUCCCUAGUCCAACAAGAGCCGACUCUAUACCCGUGGUCAGUCCGCGAGAACAUCGCCCUAGGACUCGAAUACGAGCCGUCGGACGAGGAGGUUCUCGACGCAUGUCGACAAGCCAACGCACACGAGUUCGUGACUUCUCUACCGGAGGGCAUGAACACGUCUUGCGGCGCGAAGGGUCUACAGUUCUCUGGUGGCCAGCGACAACGGAUAGCGAUUGCUAGGGCAUUGAUCCGCAAACCGAGACUGUUACUCCUCGACGAAGCCACGUCUGCUCUCGAUACUCAUUCGGAACGGAUAGUGCAGGCUACCCUAGACGAAGCUGCUGCGAGCCGGACGACGAUUGCGGUCGCUCACAGACUCAGCACGAUCCGCCACGCCGAUGUGAUUUUUGUUUUUGCUGACGGUAUGUCCCCAUCCCCCUCCUACCUUGCCGCGCGAAAAGCUCGCCGAGGAGAAGUUCCACUUGCUGACGGCUCUGGCAUUUUCAUAGGGAGAAUUGCCGAAAUGGGCACGCACGAGGAGUUGCAGCGGUUAAAAGGAAGAUACUACGAAAUGUGCAUUGCGCAGUCGUUGGAUCGGGCGUAG